AUGCUUUCCAGUACUCUCCUCCUCCUCCCACUGUUCCUCCUCAACUCGGCCUCCGCCAAGAUCGCCUUUCCCCCGCUCUCCGGCAGUUACAAUGUCGGCACCACAUCUAUCAAGGUGACCGACACAAACCGCACCGACAUCCUGGCGCCCACGCCCAACACCCCCCGCUCCUUCGUCGUGCAACUUUUCUACCCUACUGACAACUCCACCACGGCCCCCCUCGAACCCUACAUGCCCCCCGCCACCGCCAACUUCUACGAAACGAGCUACGGCCUCCCCAGCGGCUCCCUCAACACCCUUCAACCCCACUCGCACACCAACGCCACCUACGCGGGUCCCUGCAAACCCGGCAUCGUCAUCCUCUCCCCCGGCGCCCAAACCUCGCGCCACCUGCACACCGCCCUCGCCGAGGACAUCGCCUCGAACGGUUACGUCGUCCUCCUCCCAGACUACAUCUACGGAGCCGAAAUCGUCGAGUUCUCCGACGGCACCUACAUCCUCUCCACCUUCACCAACUUCACCGAUGCCGACGUCGUCCCCCUCGAGGCCACUCGUGUCGGAGACACAAUCUACACCCUGGACCACCUCUCCACAAUCCUGCGCGCCAUCCCAGGUGCCGAUCGCAUCACCAAGCCAGGCAAGAUCGUCAUGGUCGGCCACUCCCUCGGCGGCUCGACGGCCGCCACAGUCAUGGGCGCGGACAGCCGCGUGCUCGGCGGCAUCGCCAUGGACGGCACCAUCUGGGGGGACGUGGUCAACACGGGCUUCAGCGGGUCGUUCAUGUUCAUUGGUGCCGCGGAGCACUACGUGGCUACCUACGAGUCAUGGGGGCGGCUGUGGGCGAAGCUGCGCGGGUGGAGGAGGGAGCUGCAUUUGGCGGCGGCGAAGCAUAUAACGUUUUCGGAUGCGGUGCUGAUUGUGGAGCUGCUGGGGCUGAGGGCUGUGAUGCCGGAGGUGGCGGAGGAGCUGGUGGGGAGUGGUGAUGGGUUGAGGGCGUUGGAGGCGCAGAAGGUGUAUAUAGGUGCGUUUGUGGAUAUGGUGGUUGGGGGAGGAGGGCGGCGGAGAAGGGGAGGAGGGUGUUGA